AUGCCGAGUCGCAAAUAUACCACACUUCACGAACUCAGACGGUUAAAGACCGAACGCAACAAAAAUCGUUCUCUGUACACGAAGUUACGUGAUCCUGGCCAAACUUCUGCUCAGUCGAAUAAGUCCUCUUCUGGUCAAAACUCGGCUUUGAUUGCAAAAUCCGAUUCCAAAACGACAAAUACUGUAAGACCAAUCCCGUCGGUGCAAGAUUUUAUACUCCUUGUCUUAGAGUAUUUUACAAGACCUUUUCGCACUGUGUUGCCGCUACCACUUGAAUCUCGUGAAAUAUUAAAGAGGCUGACCAAUCGACAAACCACUUUCCGAAUACCAUUUUCUGAAAAAUCAAUUAAUAAUCUUGAAGCUGCUUUAAAAACAUUAGCUGAAACAUGGGGACCGAAUGUUUUCCAAGUAAAAGAUGUGCUAGAUGGUUCUCGCAGAAAGUUGCAUUUGAUCAGAUUGGACAUAGGCAAGUUGAAGAACGUGAUAAUACUUGAAAGAGCUUCUAAUCUCGAAGACAACGCAUCAUUUGAAGCUGCUCUUAAAUUAACCACAAAUUACGUUCACAAUGGUCAGAAAAGAAAAAAUGAGGAAUCAGAAGUGGCAGAUGAAACUUUGAAAGAAAUCGAGGAAUUACUGUCAAAACCAAGCUAUAAAGAAAGAGAAGACAAAAGCACUCUUCAAGAAUUAUGUGAAACGUUCAACAAAAAAUCGGUUCAUGAUAUUCUAAUUAAUGAUACGAAUUUUGCGUAUAUGGAACGAAAACAGAUUGCCAAAAAGCCAGGAAGACUCCGCGAGCAUGCCAUAGAGCCGAUGUUGAAACCACACACUGAUCUAGACCUUGGCGACUGCUCGUAUCUGAAUACUUGUCAUCGUAUGGAUACAUGCAAAUAUGUUCAUUAUGAGCUAGAUGAAGAUGAAGUCGAGUGGAAAUAUAUUCAACGGAAACCAAUUCCUCCUAGUGUUUUAUAUACACCUCCUACAAAAGUUCUUCCACCGCAAUGGAUAAACUGUGACGUGAGGAAGUUUGAUUUUUCAGUCCUGGGGAAAUUCACCGUCAUCAUGGCCGAUCCUCCAUGGGAUAUACACAUGACACUGCCAUAUGGCACAAUGACUGAUGAUGAAAUGAAAGCAAUGGCAAUUUCUGAUUUACAAGAUGAAGGGUUGAUAUUUCUAUGGGUUACUGGGCGUGCUAUGGAAUUAGGACGCGAAUGUCUUGCCAUAUGGGGUUACGACAGAGCUGACGAGUUAGUGUGGAUAAAGACUAAUCAACUACAAAGACUCAUUCGUACCGGACGCACAGGACAUUGGUUGAAUCAUAGCAAAGAACAUUGUCUUGUAGGCAUCAAGGGAAACCCAGAGGGACUUAACCUUGGCAUGGACUGUGACGUACUGGUAGGAGAAGUUCGUGAAACUAGUCGUAAGCCAGAUGAAAUAUAUGGACUUAUUGAUCGAUUAGCACCCGAAAUAUUUGGACGUCAACACAACACGCGUCCUGGCUGGUUGACACUUGGUAAUCAGUUGGAUGACGUUCGACUAUAUGAGCCCGAUGUAGUUGCACGCUACAACGCUCGUUAUACGGAUAAGCCUUGUAGUUUGACAGAGUUACCACCAGAUUGGUAG